AUGUCUCCACAAAGCAGGGCAAAAAGCCAUGAAGGGAGAAUAAUCCCUUUGGAAGAAAGUGCGGGGUCCCUUGCCGACUUGGAUUUGGUCGUUGUCCCCAGUCAGAUAACCGUUGCUGAUAACGAUGGUAUGCUCCUGCCAAUCGACGAAGAGCUUAGCGCAAGAAGUAGCGCCUCUGACCUCCAACAACCAAUGGACCUUGCCGUUCCUCUGGAGGAAGCCCCAUCGAAAUUUCCCUACCUCUUGGCGCUACUAGAUUCUGGUAACAUUGUGUUGCAGGUGGUAUACGCUGCGAUCCGCUACUAUGCCAAACACAACGCAUCUCCUAUCGCGCGCCGUUUGGACGAUGAUCUGGGGUUUGGAACCUUCGGCAAACGGUUCAACAUCUUGCUUGGCGUUUUGAGAUUGGUGGUGCUUCGCAGAGUGGUCCGUAAACUUGUGCUUAUCUUCCGGAGUGUCCUUGGACUCACCAAGGAAUUGGCCGAACUAGAAGGAAAGGCUACGGUUCCAUCGAAUGACGCCUUCGACAAGAUCAUCUCUCGUAAGAUCCAUCUGCGAAUCUCCAAGUUGGACUGGGGUGUUGUGCGGUUGACGAUCGAAUUGGCCGCCGUCGCCUACGAUUUCUACUACCAAAACUUAGCCUCGGGCACCAGUAUGCUUACACAGAGGGCCGGAGUCGCAUUACUUAGUUGCGGGCUUAGUGGUGCCAGAGUAACCAGGAAGCUUCGGAAAGGGCGGAUGUACGAUUACUUAUAA